CCCAACAAGGGAGGAAGAAGGGAGAGAAAAAGAUAGGAAAUGGAAUUGACAUUGUUUAUUCAUCAUUUGAAAAAUGGCUAGCAUUGGCAUUUCCAUUCACCCAAAUGCCAUCUCUUUGAAUAAUUCUUCUGCCAAACGCCAUCUUUUUUCUGCACGUAAACUUCAUCUUUCUUUCCCAAUUUCCUGCUCUGCUGUUGGAAAUGGAUCUCAGAAAGAAAAUUCAUCUCAAUUCAAAGAACUUAGGAAUGUGGCAUGUGGCCUCCUAGCCACGUGGGCUGUCACAGCUGUCUCGCCUGUAAUAGCUGCUAACCAGAGACUUCCUCCACUGUCAACAGACCCUGACCGUUGUGAGCGUGCAUUCGUCGGUAAUACUAUUGGUCAAGCAAAUGGUGUAUAUGACAAACCAUUGGAUCUUCGCUUUUGUGACUACACAAAUGAAAAGUCUCAACUGAAGGGAAAAUCUCUAACAGCUGCUCUCAUGUCAGAUGCUAAGUUUGAUGGUGCUGACAUGACAGAAGUAGUCAUGUCCAAGGCUUAUGCUGUAGGAGCUAGUUUCAAAGGUACUGAUUUCACAAAUGCAGUUAUAGAUCGUGUUAAUUUUGGGAAGGCCGAUCUACAAGGAGCUGUGUUUAAGAAUACCGUGUUAUCAGGUUCCACUUUUGAUGAGGCCAAACUAGACGGUGCUGUAUUUGAGGACACUAUUAUCGGCUACAUUGAUCUUCAAAAGAUCUGUACUAAUAAAUCUAUCAGUGAGGAAGGAAGAGCUGAACUUGGGUGCAGAUGAACCGUCCUACCUAUCUAUCCGAACCCAGUUCUCUUUUCAACAACUUUUUUUGUGACUCACAGUGUCAAACUGAGAGUGAAGAAGGGAAAGAGAUCGUAACCGACAGCUAAAGGUUUACAAGUAUUGUUAUGUAAAAUAGUGAUGCGCUUAAUACUGAUAGAAUGAACAAGUUCAUAAUUCUCUCUUUUUCUUAUGCUGCCUUUUCAUCAACACAGUGCACCAAUUUGUUGGUUUGUUAGUCUUUUUAGUAUGAGUUAUGUUACUUGUACAAUUGUACUGUUGUACCUAUCAUUUUAUACAAAUCAUAAGAUUCAUAACCACCAAUUACUUGA